AUGACCACCGUCAAGGACAUGCGAGGUCCUGUAUAUGAUGAUUCCAUGGGAACGAGAAUCGGCGAUGAUAACACCGACUGGCUCGAGGCUCCCCAGCCGGAGACGUUCUGGAAAAAGGCCUCGGCAACCAACAAAGUGGCCUUGCCCAUCCACUGCCCUAGGAGCCUAGUUGUGGAACGACGAGACAAGGAACCCGAUCUGGAAGCUCAACUGAAUCAGCUUGGAGCUGAAGAGGACAAGAAAGCUUCAGCAGAGGUGCCACGAAGUCCAGAUGGCAUAUAG